GAAAUAUAUAAGCAUGCUUUUAGGCUUGCAACCAUAAAUCCUGAUUUUUAAGGUUGUAUCAAACUUUCAAGGUUGUGUAGUGAAUGAGAAGCAUCAGGACUUCGACACUGUUUUUUUUUUUUAGGAUGCUCUCUAUGUGCUCCAGGAGAUGCAUCAUUCCUAGCCCAGGAAAGAAAUUGAAACUGAGACUGACUUGACCCAUAACCUUCUGAUGCCUCUUCAUCAAUUUGAUUUUCAUUUUUAGGAUGCCGUUACGUUUAUCAUGUUCAAUAUGCAGUGAAGAAGUGUUUCAUAGUGAGAGCGUUGCUGCAUUACCAUGUGGACAUGUGUUUCACUACCCUUGCCUUGUGGAAUGGCUGGAAAGGGCACAAACAUGUCCCCUGUGCCGGAAGAAGGGACGCCUUGGAUCUGCGAUCCAACUCUUUUUCGACACUGAUGAGACGGUUGUUGGAGAUGCUGAUACAGUGAAUCCAGUUCAGGUGGAAAGCCUGAAAUUCCAAUUGAAGCUUACAAUCCAGGAGAAGGAGGUGCUACAGAAAGAGAACUCAUCUCUUGUUAGUCAACUAUCAGGAAUCUUAGAAUCCAAUGGGAAGUUGGAAGAAGAGAGUAAGUCUUUGAAGAAGAAGAAUGCAUCGCUGAAAUCCAAGUUAAAUGAAUUGCAAAGGGUAGAACUGGCAUUCAGGUCUCAGGCCAGAGAGCUUGCAAAUGCCAAGAAGGAGUUGGAGGAAUGUCAGAAGCUGAAGAACUUGAUGGGGGCAGGGACAGUAGAGUUUGAGGAGGCGAUGAGCUCCUAUAACAACCCUCCACCAGCUAUCAGAGACCUCAUCCUUCUCAACAUUUACUAUAGAAACAUGAUAAAUGACAUGACGGUGAAAAUGAAUGGAAUGAAGGCAAGACUUUCGAGGGGCAAGGCUCAAAGACCAUCCUCUUGUAAUGAGGCACUUUUGCUCAAGGUGAAAGGUUUGGAGAAGGCUAAGGAAGAGCUGGAGAGGAAGCUUUGGAAAAUGAAGAAAACUGAGGUGGAGUGCUCCAAUGAAAGGGAAGAGUCUGAGUCAGAAUUUCAAUUCCCAUCAAAGAUUGGAAUGUUCAGCAAAGCAUUGCCUUCAACAUCAGAUAAUCCACCCAAUCGGAAGAGGAAAAUUCGGGAUAUUUCAAAUGGAACUGUCACACAUGGCUCAAUUUCCAUCUCCCCAAUCUUCAAGCGGAUAUUUAGCAAUGCUGUCGCCUUCACGUGCGAGAACUCCUGCUCCUCAUUGAUCAUUGUUAGAAGUCUCUUCUUGUUCGCCUCCCUCAGCCUAGGGCCCAUUCCUAUUCAGAUGGCAUUAGAGGCACAGAAACAGGUCAAGGAGCAUGCACAGGAAUUGCAGAAUUUUCUGCUGGAUUUGAAUGCAUGGGAAGAGGAAAUGAAGGAAAAAGAAGCAAAAUUGAGGCAAAAGUCACAGAAGACUCAACCCAGCACACCACAAGUUUCAAAAGUACAUGAUAUCAGCCCACCUCAAAAUGAGAAGUCUGAGGAAGUUAUUGAGCAAAUGAAAGCACAGGGUAACAAUUUCUUCAAAGAGGGGAAGUACAAAGAAGCUGUAGACUCAUAUUCCAAGGCACUCCAGGUGGAUCCUGAUAACACCAUUCUUCUCAUCAAUCGUAGCAUGGCUCUUAUCAAGUUGAACAGGCUGGAGGAGAGUGAAUGCGAUUGCAAACGGGCUUUGAACCUGGACAAGAAUCUGGUGAAAGCAUGGUUCCGGAAAGGCAUUUCCUGUGUGCUCCAGGGGCGCAUAGAUGAAGCACUCCAGGACCUCAAACGUGCAUUGGAGUUGGACGUGAGUGGGAGGGAAGACCUCCGCAAGGCAUUCCAGCGUAUCACUCAUGGCAGGUUGAGCCCUAAAGUUGGAGAAGAAGUUGAUGCCAUCUUCAGUCUGUCAACACCAAUCUAUGAAUCACCCCCAGAAAAGACAUCUGCACCUGUUCAAGAAGAUUCUGAUCCAAGCACAAUUCUUGAGAGGAAGAAGUCAAGCAUGAGAGGAAGAGAGCUGCCAAUUCCACCAUUGUCCACACUCCCUUCUCCACCCAAAAGUGCCUUGCAGUUUCAAGAGGACAUCAGACGCCUAAGUGCCUCUAAUGGAUCCCUCAGACUCCCAUAUCUCCAGGCAAUCAAGCCGUCUUCAUAUGUGGAUGUGUUCAAAGAGUUUCUUGAGCCUGAUCACCUGUGGUGGAUCUUUGAGACUCUGGACUUGGAGUUUAUCUCUCAGAAUCUUCCUGUCUUCCCUCACUUAGAAGGGCUGAGUCGGGUCAAGAGGCUUUCUACCAUCAUUCUCUUCCUGUCUUCCUCCCAAACAAUGGGUGAUGGAGGGAGUGUGAAGGAGCUAUGGCAGGGGGAUGUGGAUGAGAAGGGCAGUAGUAUGGACCAAGGUCCUUUUUCUGCAAUCCUCUCUUCUAUUCGCCCUCCAAAUCUCCUGCCAUAUCUCCAUUCAGAUGAGAAUGAGGAGCAGCCAGAAUACAGGUAUGACGAAUUUGGGUUUCGUGUAGAAGAGGAAGAUGGCCCUGAGCAGAGUUCUAACCUGUUACUUUCCACUCCCUUUACAGAAGAUCCCCAGCACAGGUUGCAGUGGUUGGCAUACUUGGAAUUUGCCCAUGGAAAGGCAUGUGAGGGGUCAGUGGUUGGGGAAUUAUCCUGGGAUGGCUUGGAUUCUCGGCUCACUCAAACAGAGAAACUCCGCACCAUGGUUCACAAGGGGAUCCCACACUCUGUACGUCCUCAGGUGUGGCCUCGUCUCUCGGGAGCAUUGGUGAAAAAGCAGAACUCAGAUACCAGCUAUGAGGAUUUGGUGAAAGCAAGCAGCAAUGAUCAUGUGUUAUCAGCCAAGCACAUUGAGAAGGAUCUCCUGCGAACUCUUCCAGCCAAUGCCUGUUUCAGUCGCUUGGACAGUCCUGGGAUUCCUCCACUGAGACGUGUCCUUCGUGCCCUGGCAUGGCUUUAUCCUCAUAUUGGGUACUGCCAGGGCACAGGAGUAAUUGUGGCAAGCCUCCUUCUCUUCCUGGAAGAGGCUGAUGCCUUCUGGAUGAUGUGUUCCAUCAUUGAAGAUCUUCUUCCAGCUUCCUACUAUUCUUCAACUCUUGCAGGCAUCCAGGCAGACCAAGAAGUCCUGAGAGAACUAGUUGGAAGCUACCUCCCUGUAACAGAUGCAGUACUGAAUGAACAUGAUAUUGAGCUGUCUCUAAUAACAUUGAACUGGUUCCUCACCCUCUUCUCAUCCACUGUGCAUAUCCGUGUCCUCCUUCGUCUUUGGGAUAUCUUCUUCUGUGAUGGCUCCCUCUUCCUCUUCCAGGCCACUUUGGCAAUGCUGAAGUUACAUGAAGAGCAACUGAAAGGCUUGGAGAAUUCAGCCCAAAUCUUCAACUUGCUUUCUGAUAUGCCAGGAAAUGUCCAGGAUGUUGAUGAACUCAUCCAGGCUGAUGUCUUGUUCAUUGUAGAACCAUAUUGGAUCUUCUGGGGGGAAUGGCCAGGAAUCUCUCCUGAUCUGAAUGUGGCUGAGAACAUUGGUGUUAUCCCAAAAGAUCAAGUUGAGGCUCCCAUACAUAUGGAGGGCAAGCAGCAUGAAUUCUCCCAAGAAGCCCUGCAAAGCAUCAUCACCAGAGUGUUGGAGAUGGAAGAUGACACUGAACUCUUUCAGUGCCUCUUUUCAUCUUACCCUGCUUGUCUUAAAGCUGUCAGGGACAUAACCAGGGUGCACACAAAUUAUUAG